UGAUUAAAUUAUGCCUUUCUUCUAGAUAAUACCUACUGCCUAACAAGAAAGCGGCCCGCCAGCAGUUUUGUCAGAGAUCAGUAUCCUUGCCAUUCAACGUGUGGCAAUAAAUCCAGAGAAAGUUCCUGUUUUAUCGCAGGAGAUACAAGGGCGUAUGCGAAUCGACGGCGAACCAACAGUCACGUCUAGGCCACCACGAAACCGACGAAUACGGAGAGCCGACCCCCCUUGCCCCUUGAAAGCCCCAUCGGUGGCUGCUCAACCGAAUCAAUACAACCAGUUCCGCUGAAUCGCGACAAGGCAUUGUAGCCAGAAUGGACUACAAGUACAACAAUGUGCCUGGAAGUGAAGGGGCAUUGCAGACGGAAUGCCACGCGACAACAGAUAAGAAGGUACGCGAUCAGCCCACGGCUUCGAGGUUGCAUUUGAGGCCGCACCUCUCCUCAUGCGCGAUUGCCACGAUAGCUGCCGUUAUUCUGGCGGUGGCCUCUUUAUUCGGCUUCUUCGUUGGUUCAACAGCAACGAGAAUGGCCAUGAAGGGUGCCGCGACCGCCGUUAGCGAAGUCAGGCUAAUUGACGACUGUGGUGAAUCGCCGGCACAGGCGAGAAGCAAUGGGUGCAGAUACGAUACCAUGAUCCAACAGUGGGUCCCGGCUGCAUGUUACGACGAAGAGCACUCGGAGAUGUAUCUCUCCACCUACAACUGGAAGUGGUAUUACGACAUUGACGCCAAGUACGAGAUGCCAGAUGAGGUUAUGAGGCGCGGGGAGCAUCAGGUAGCCUUCAUGGUUGACGACUACCACCGUCGUCAUUGCGCCUACGUCUGGGAGGUUUCGGCGCGAGCCUUACAGCAGCAGAAGCCCAUGCUGGACGAGUGGCUUUCGUACAAGCACGUUCACCAUUGCAAUCGCAUCUUGCUUUCCCCCCCUUGGAAUUCGACGAAGCACCCAACAGCUGUUGAAACGCACUCGGGAUAUGGGAGAUGUGCCCCGUACCAGCUAUGGGCCACAGACAUGCCAGAGUAAGAAGUCGAGUCUGGGUCCAAGUCCAGGUCUUCUAAUCUCUGGUCUCGAUGUCAGAGCAGCAGAUCGAGGCCCCACGAUAACAGCCCCGUCCUGAACACCACAUUUGAGAGUUGGGGGCACGAGGUGCUCACAUAUGCACCCGCCAUUCUCGGAAAGUGAUGGGCGUGGGGAGCAGUACCGGUAGCCAUGGAGCCAGGGAUGUGACCUUUUUCACAUACGACCAGGGUAUGCCUAUUGGUCCUUUUGGUGCUUUUGGUCCUGUUGGAUAGAGUCACCAGUUUCCAACAGCCUGAAGACUUAACAGUUUUACGUCAUAGGGAAGCGAGAUUUCGUCAUAUAGCCG